AGAACCGAGUCGAUCAUACACACAAGACUGUCCACUAGAGUAAGCCUGUCGUCAGUUGAGGGGACGCGAUGCCUCGAGUAGGAGCAAUAUUCGACAAGCGUCGAUUUUUGUCGUUGCAGUCGAUACAUGUAGUGCUUUGUGUGAUUAUGCGAAUAUGUGAAGCGCACGAUUAUCCUAAAUGCGCCAGAGGUGUUUGUGUUCCGCAGUAUUUAUGCGCAAAUAAAGAUAACAAAGUCAUAACCGACGGGAAUGGACUACUGGAUUUGCGGUCGCUGGGAAAUGAUGAAUGCCCAAAUGGUAUGACUUGCUGUGGGGUAGGAACAGGAUCCUCCGGUGUUGAUUACAGCUGUGACGGAGAAUGUGUAGAGGAAUCAGAAUGUGGAACGAGAUUUGACACGGUUGAUUUACGAAUAGGAAAACAAGUUUGUGCGCAUGGUAAAGUAUGCUGUAAGAUUCAACGGCCACAAACAAUUACUUAUUUUGAACCAUGGGCACCUGAUGUGGUACAUGAAGCCAACAUGAUAUUAAUGUUAACCCCUAAUCAACGAGAAACUUGCCGGGGAAGGUGUGUAUUGCAGAGCCAAUGUUCUGAUUACAACCCCGUGAAAGAUUUAAUAAAUCGAAUGUUCAAACGCGAUGAGUGUCCGGUAGGCCUAAUGUGUUGUAACAAUGUGAAGAUUGCCAGAGUUUGUCAAGGGGUUUGUAUACCUAUGUCAAGAUGUGCGAGACUUGGAAUCUUCUCGAGACAUAACGAUGCGGGAUGUCCAAAACACCAUAUGUGCUAUGAAACACCAAUGCCGUUGGCACAAGCAACACAAACCAAAUGCAACGGUAAAUGCCUUCCUGUAUCCCAAUGUCCGAUGAGUGGUUCAGGAUUUAUCAAUCUAAGAUUUGCUAAUGGUUGUGCAUUCGGUGAAGUAUGCUGUUCCAUGACACAAAUGCCGAGCUGCCAAGGAACAUGUGCCACGAUGGAUCAAUGCGCUGAUGACCCUAGAAAUAAAACUAUAAUUGAUUUACGCUCGACGAGUAACAACUGUUUACUCAACCAAGUAUGUUGCUACAAUCUGAAACAGACUGAUGUGAAUUCAUCUGAGAAUUGCGAUGGAACCUGUGUUUCUCAACAGCAGUGCCCUGAGCUGAACUCAUGGCGAAAUGACAUCGAUUUACGCUUGUCCGGAAAUAAAUGCCCAUUCAACACUGUUUGCUGUAAAAAUCCAGUUCUAAAAAAAUGCGAUGGAUCCUGCGUUUCCGAAGAAGAUUGCAACGAUACUAAAAAUUUUGAUUUGAGAUCCUCACAAAGCUGUCCAUUAAAUAAGGUGUGUUGUAAAAAGUUGAAGCAAGUAAAAAUCAAUUCUACGACGCAGAACUGUGAUGGAAUAUGUGUUCACUCGUCGAACUGUCCUAGUGCUACGGACAGCAAUUCUAUCAAUUUGAGAUUGGCAAAUGGACAUUGCCCAGAUGACAAAAUUUGCUGUGCGACUCAGUUAUAUACUCCGUUGAACUCUGAUCCAUCUCUAUCACCUGCAAAUGUCUGCGAAGGAACCUGUCUACCACGCAAUCAAUGUUCUGAUGCAAUUUCGAUCGAUCUACGAAGUUCCAGCAUGAAGUGCUUGCCCAAUCAAGUUUGCUGUAAGGUAUCAAAAUACCUCUCUGAAUGUGAUGGACAAUGUGUUACACCCGAACGGUGUUCAGAUUCACCAUUAAUCAACUUAAGAUUUACUGAAACCAGCAGUUGCCAAAAUAAUGAAGUCUGUUGUAAGAAUCUGAAGGGCCAAAACAAUACUUGCAAAGGUCAGUGCGUCCCUCAUGGCAAGUGUGCAACGGGAGUGUCCAAGUUCAGUUUCGUAGAUCUGAGAACAACAAGUGAUUCAUGUCCGAGUGGGAUGGAAUGCUGUCAAGAGAUAUCAACUUGUGAAGGAAAGUGCGUCAGCGAGAAUCAAUGUGAAGACACUCCGUCGGAUAUUUAUGAUGGGAUCAAUUUGCGAGUCACAAUGUCUCAAUUAUGUGGAGCAAAUCAAGUUUGCUGUAAAAAUAUCAAACAUUCACAAAGCUCUAAUGGAUGUGACGGUACUUGUGUCCCCGCUGAAAGCUGCACCAUAGAUUUGCGGUUUGCCUCAGGGCAAUGUCCUGCGAAUCAAGUGUGUUGCAAUAUUCCAACCAAAUCCAACAGUUCUGAUAUCCUACACACAAACCGUUGUGAUGGAUCAUGUGUUCCUGAUUGGCAAUGUGCUCCAAGUGAUGUUGACCUUCGAAUCAGCACCGGCACAUGUCCAUUAAAUAGAGUUUGUUGUAAGUCUUCCGUUCCUGUUUGCAACGGAAAAUGUGUUCCUGCAACGCAGUGUGAUGAUAUUGGGAUAAACCUUCGCCAUAUGCAAAAUCCCUGCGCAGAAAACCUCAUUUGUUGUCAAAAUGUAAAGAUGCAAUCAUGUCCUGGUCGAUGCAUUCCAGCCAAUCAAUGCUCGAACUAUGCGCCAGGAAAAGUUCCAAUCGAUUUGAGAAAAACCGACAUCGGAUGUUCCAAUGGUGAUGUGUGCUGCAUGAUUCCACCAUUAUUCGAACCUCCCAUGAUGGGUACAUCUGGUGUUGACCAUAAUAUACCUGCGCUACCAAGUGGUCCAGGGUGCUCAUUUGGCUCAGAUCCCAGCAAUAGUUUUCUCAGCAAGCCCGAUGUUAAAUGGUUGGUCAGCGUUUGGAGUCGACAGGAAAUUCUAGGCGAGUUGCGACAGCAAUUUUUAUGUACUGGAACCUUGCUAAAACCAGACCUAGUGCUAACUUCUGCUGAUUGUGUCGAAGACAAAAUGCCACAGGCGAUGUACGUUAGGAUAGACGAUUUCAACCUGAAGCCGCUAAAUACGUUGUCUCCAAGAAGGGAAUUCAAAGUCAGCGAAGUCAUCAUUCAUCCUGAUUACAGUAGUACAGAACAGACCGCCAACCUGGCGGUGCUAAAAUUAGCAAAAAAUGCAACCCGUAGUUCAAGCACGUGUCUACCAAGCCUUACAAAAUUAAACCCCACCGAUCAGUGCUUCUUGAUCGGAUGGAACAAACUAAACAUCAUGGAUGAUAGUACGCCGAAUGCAACGCCAGAUAAACAUCUCGUGACAGGACUGACAAUGGGUGCUAAGUGUAACGAAGGGUACAUCUGUUCGGACGACCGAAAGCAAUCAUCGCAGAGGCAAUGUGCUGAUGCUUUUCAAGGAUCACCUGUUAUCUGUCUCAUCGGUAACGGCCCUAGCUGGGUUCAGGUUGGAUUGACAUCGGCUGCGAGUGAGGCAUGCAACGUCGAGAAUGUUCCUCAUUCAUUCGUCUCAGUUGCUACUUACGAGUCUUGGAUACGAGAACAAAUAGCGCCAAGCUUCACACAAAUCCCGAUGACUGCGGAUCCCGAACGGCGGUAUCUUCCUCCUGUGAUUUAAAAGAAAUUUUCUUCAUCAACAUUUAAUGUUGAUUACCGCAUACUCAUGUUGAAACUAUUUAAGCCAUAAAGGUAAUGAACUGCCACGAAGAAAAGAAA